AUGGCGUUCGAUGGUACUUGGAAGGUAAACCGAAAUGAGAACUAUGAAAAGUUCAUGGAAAAAAUGGGUAUUAAUGUGGUGAAAAGGAAGCUUGCAUCUCAUGACAAUUUGAAACUGAUAAUUACACAAGAAGGAAAUAAAUUCACAGUCAAAGAAUCAAGCACUUUUCGAAACAUUGAAGUUCUGUUUGACCUUGGUGUCACUUUUAAUUAUAGCCUCGCAGAUGGAACUGAACUCACUGGGACUUGGAGCCUAGAGGGAAAUAAACUUGUUGGAAAAUUCAAACGGGUGGACAAUGGAAAUGAACUAAAUACUGUCCGAGAAAUUAUAGGUGGUGAAAUGGUCCAGACUUAUGUAUAUGAAGGAGUGGAAGCCAAGAGGAUCUUCAAAAAGGAGUGAGCAUUGUUCCUGGAGCAGAGCCCAGAACACAUAUUAGAUAGAAAAUCUAUA